AUGUAUUUGCAGGUAAUUGACGCCAAUCCAGAUCCUGAGUGUACGCUUCUUACUUAUCUACGUGAUAAACUGUUUUUAUGUGGUACGAAAUUAGGUUGCGGAGAAGGAGGAUGUGGUGCAUGUACCGUUAUGAUAUCACGCAUUGAUCGAAACACAAAUGAGAUUCGACAUUUGGCAGUCAAUGCCUGUCUUACGCCAGUAUGCGCAAUGCACGGUUAUGCCGUAACUACUGUUGAAGGUAUCGGUAGUACGAGAACACGUCUUCAUCCUGUACAGGAACGAAUAGCUAAAGCGCAUGGCAGCCAAUGUGGUUUCUGUACACCAGGUAUUGUCAUGUCAAUGUACGCAUUACUUCGCAGCUCACCACAGCCUACAAUGAAGGAUUUGGAAAUUGCAUUUCAAGGUAAUCUUUGUCGUUGUACCGGUUAUCGUCCAAUUUUGGAAGGCUACAAAACAUUUACUAAAGAAUUUUCAUGUGCAAUGGGUGAUAAAUGUUGUAAAGUGAAUGGGAACGGAGAUGGAAAUGGAAAUAGUUGUGAUGGCAACAGUAGCAAUAAUGUUGACAAUAAGCUUUUUGAAAAAAGUAAGUUUCUACCUUUUAAUCCCAGCCAGGAACCUAUUUUUCCACCCGAAUUGCAGCUUAACACUGAAUUUGAUUCAAAUAGUAUAGUUUUUAAAAACCCUCGUGUGACUUGGUAUCGUCCAAUUGAGUUGGAAGAACUACUUCAAAUCAAAGCACAAAAUCCAAAUGCGAAAUUGGUAGUUGGCAAUACUGAAGUGGGAGUCGAAGUGAAAUUCAAACAUUUACUUUAUCCAGUACUGAUUAAUCCAUCUAAAGUGAAGCAAUUAAAUGAAAUAAAAGAACAUGAAGACAGCAUUUAUUUUGGCGCUUCUGUUAGCUUAAUGGAUAUUCAAAACUAUUUACAAGAUCUUAUCACUAAACUUCCGGAAUAUCAAACUCGAUUUUUCAAAUGUACUGUGGAGAUGUUGCACUAUUUUGCUGGUAAGCAGAUACGGAAUGUUGCAUCAUUAGGUGGUAACAUUAUGACUGGAAGUCCGAUAUCUGACAUGAAUCCGAUUUUAACAGCUGGUACUGUUAAAAUGCUUGUAGCAGGUAUGGUGGAUGGUCAACUAAAAACCCGAUAUGUGCACAUGGGAUCUGGAUUUUUUACUGGUUAUCGUAAAAAUGUUAUUGCACCACAUGAAGUUUUGAUUGGAAUUUAUUUUCCGAAAACUUUACCAAAUCAAUAUGUAAUCGCCUUUAAGCAGGCACGCCGAAGGGAUGAUGAUAUUGCUAUUGUCAAUUCCGCCAUAAAUGUCUUUUUUAAACCCAACACAAAUAUUGUGGAUCAGAUUUUUAUGGCAUUCGGUGGAAUGGCUCCAACAACCAUUUUAGCACCACGAACAUCUGAAAUGAUGAUCAAACAAAAUUGGGAUCACGUGCUUGUAGAACGCGUCACUGAAAGUUUGUGUGCAGAGUUACCAUUAGAACCUUCAGCUCCAGGAGGUAUGAUUGCUUACAGGCGAUCUCUAGUAGUCAGUUUGUUUUACAAAUCAUAUUUGGUCAUAAGUCAAAAACUAGUAAGUGCCGGCAUUAUACCAUAUAACAGUAUAUCUGAUGAGGAAUGCAGUGGUGCAGAAUCUUUCCACACACCUAUAUUAAAAAGUGCACAGUUAUUUGAACGUGUCAGCUUCGAACAGUCUAUAUGUGAUCCAAUCGGUCGACCCAAAGUGCAUGCUGCUGCAAUGAAGCAAGCAACUGGUGAAGCCAUGUAUUGCGAUGAUAUUCCACGUAUGGAGAAUGAGUUGUAUUUGGCACUUGUACUGAGUACGAAAGCGCAUGCAAAGAUUCUUUCCAUUGAUGCAACAGAAGCAUUGGCAAUGGAUGGAGUGCAUGCAUUUUACUCUAGUAACGAUAUUAGUGAUAACGAAAAUGUUGUUGGGCAUGUUAUUCGUGACGAAACUAUAUUUGCUAUCGACAAGGUUUAUACUGGGGGGCAAGUAAUAGGCGCAAUUGUUGCAGAUAAUCAAAAACUUGCUCGGGAAGCUGCUAAGCUUGUACAAAUAGACUAUGAAGAUAUAUUACCCAGAAUUAUCACUAUUGAACAAGCAAUUGAGCAUGAAUCAUAUUUUCCUAAUUAUCCACAAAUUUUGGAGAAAGGCGAUGUUGAUCAAGCUUUUAAGAAUUGUGCGCAUAUUUAUGAAGGCACCUGUCGUGUUGGAGCACAGGAACAUUUUUACUUAGAGACACAUGCUGCAAUAGCAGUUACUAGAGAUACUGAUGAAAUUGAGAUAUUUUCCUCAACACAAAAUCCUUCCCGGGUACAAAAAUUAAUUUCUCAAGUUUUGUCGGUACCAGCACAUAGAGUUGUUUGUCGUGUAAAGCGUUUAGGAGGUGGAUUUGGAGGUAAAGAAACACGCUCUACAUCGGUAGCAGUACCCGUCGCAUUAGCUUGUUAUAGAUUACGAAGACCCGUGCGCUGUAUGCUUAAUAGAGAUGAGGAUAUGAUGAUUACAGGCACACGUCAUCCGUUCUUAUUCAAAUAUAAAAUUGGUUUUACAAAUGAGGGGCUUAUUACAGCAUGUUAUAUUGAAUGCUAUGUAAAUGCUGGAUGGAGCAUGGAUGUAUCAUUUGCUGUGCUUGAACAUGCUAUGGACCAUUUUGAAAACUGUUAUCGUAUACCUAAUAUAAAAGUAGUCGGAUGGUUAUGUAAAACUAAUACACCUUCAAAUACAGCAUUUCGUGGAUUUGGAGCCCCUCAGGCGAUGUUCGCUGGUGAACAUAUGAUUCGUGAUGUGGCACGAAUUUUGGGAAAGGACUAUGUAGAUAUGAUGAAAUUAAACUUCUAUAAAACUGGUGAUAUUACGCACUAUAACCAAAAAUUGGACACGCUGCAAAUUAAUAGGUUUGUUCUACUAUAUAUUAUAAUAGGUUUGUACAUUAAUUAG